AUUAACUGAUUCUCUGCACACAGAACAGAACAGCGCUUUGUCCCCAGGGAAAGAAGCUAUUUCAGACUUAACUAAGGAAUCAUCUAACAUGUUUCAACAAUCCCUACUGUUUCUCUGUUUGUUUUAAAGAUAUCACUGUGAUUUUGUUUCAUUUGCAACUGGAGACUAAAUGACACCAAGCAGAAUCUGCUGUUAGGUUAGAUUACAAGGAUACUUUCUGAGACACACAAAAACAUGCAGGCUACAUCAUUAGUCUAUUAUUUCCUGCUUGUCCCUCUGUGCAUUGAUUUUUCUCAAAACGAAACUAGUGCACUUCUCAGGAGGCAAAGGAGAAGAAUGCGCUACAGAGGAUUGAGAAGGAGCUCCUCAGCAGGGCACAGGUCCCCAAGACAGCCAAGGAUGAACCUUCCAGCUCCUGUUGCUGUAGUACCCAGCAUACCUCUUAUUAAUAUUGAUGACGGUGUUAUGGGAGUAUUUGACUCUCUCAUAGGUUUGGGUGGACAUGAAUCUAGUUACAGUGUCUUACCAGGAAAGAAGGGGCACUGCACAGCUAAUGGGAUGAUUAUGUAUGAUAAAGCCGUCUGGUCUCCCAAGCCCUGCAUUACCUGUCUCUGUUCAAAAGGAGAAGUGAUAUGUGAUACAACCAUGUGCCACCCUCUGAAAUGUCCCAAAACUAUUAUACCUGCAGGAGAAUGCUGCCCAGUUUGUUCUGAUAUUGCCUCCUCUUUGGAUUCAAGUAUUAUUUCACUGGAUGACAUAAGUGAGUUGUCUGGCGAUUCUCCAGAACCCAAUGACCUUGACAACACCAAUGUACUGUCAGCAGCACAUACUCAAACUGAAAAAGAUGAACUGCUUAGAACAGAAGUGGCAGAGUUUAAAGAGAAAGAGGGUCGUAAAAAGGAUGAAAAGAAAAGGAAAAGGAAAGGCAAAAAAAAUCGACAGAAAUAUAAAGCCUAUCACAGAGAAAAGAAGCCUAUCACAAGAAAGGGAGCUGCAGAAGAAGAAAUACAAUAUGAAAGUGAUGAAGAUGAUGGUACUUUCAGAAUGCCAUCUCAUUUCCCAAUUCCUGUUCCACCCAUAGAAGCUCCUCCUUUGCCAUCUGGAUGUUCCACCUCGGACACCACAGUAAGCUGUAUUAACGCCAAACUUACACAAAUACCACCAAUCUCAGAUCCAGAUCUAACCAGUCUAGACCUUACAGGAAAUAGCAUCACUACUAUCUCAGAUGAAGCAUUCAACGGGAUACCUAAUUUGGAAUGGAUUGAUCUGAGUAAAAAUAAUAUUACCUCUCCUGGCAUAGGUCCACAAGCAUUCAAAAUCCUGAAAAAGCUAAAACGUUUGUAUUUGGAUGGAAAUAUGCUGGUACAUAUUCCCUCUGAAUUGCCAUCAACUUUGGAAGAAAUAAAAAUAAAUGACAACCACCUUCAUGCCAUUGAUGAAGAUGGCUUACAAGAUUUAAAGAACUUGGUCACCCUGGAAUUAGAAGGAAAUAAACUUAGUGAAGCGAAUGUCAGUCCUUUGGCCUUUUAUCCCUUGAAAAGUCUCUCUUAUUUGCGACUGGGAAGAAAUAAAUUUAGAAUUAUCCCACAAGGUCUUCCCACCACUCUUGAGGAGUUAUACCUUGAAAAUAAUCAAAUUGAAGAAGUGUCAGAAAUUUGCUUUAACCAUACAAGAAACAUAAAUAUCAUUGUCCUAAAACAUGACAAAUUAGAAGAGCACAGAAUAGCACCUUUGGCUUGGAUAAAUCAAGAGAACUUGGAAUCAAUUGAUCUCUCUUAUAAUAAGUUAUAUCAUGUUCCCUCCUAUCUGCCAAAAUCUUUACUACAUCUGAUACUUAUAGGAAAUCAGAUUGAAAGAAUUCCAGGAUACGUCUUUGGUCACAUGAAGCCAGGGCUGGAGUAUCUCUACCUGUCCUUUAACAAACUUACUGAUGAUGGAAUAGAUCCAGUAUCAUUUUUUGGAGCAUAUCACUCUCUGAGAGAGUUGUUUUUGGAUCACAAUGAACUAAAGUCUGUACCAUUUGGAAUUGAUGAAAUGAGAAAAUUACGUUUUCUAAGACUGAACAAUAAUAAAAUAAGGACAGUCCCUCCAGAACGCAUCUGCAGGACUCAUAUCAAUGAUGACGAUGUUCAUGACAACAGCGAAGAGGAGAAUGAAGAAUCACGUUUGGAACACGUUCAUCUUGAAAACAACUAUAUCAAUACAAGACAGCUAUCACCACAUGCAUUUUCAUGCAUAAGAUCCUAUUGCAGUGUUGUUCUUAAACCACAGAAGAUCAAAUGAACGCCCAACUUUUGCAUUGCAACCCCUAUCUCUAGAAACACAGCUUUAUUUAUUCUCUGCUACUAACAGGUCUGCUUAUUUCCAAUUUAAACCUUUCUUACUACUAUAAAUAAGAUACAGUAUAUUAUAUACUGAAGUAAAGCAGUAUUGUAUUUCUUAAUAUCAUUUCAUUAUAAAAACAUUAAAUGUAAAAAUAGAAGCUCAAGAUUAUGUCAUAAAUUUUUAUUUCUAUUGACAGAAAUUCUACUUAAACACAAUAGAUCAAAUUGUGCCCCCAGAUACAUCCUCUGCAAGAUCAGAUUUUAGAAAAGAAUAUAGCUAAACCGUCAACUUGGUCCCAUCUUAUUUGAUUAACUGAACUUAAAACAACUUAAAUGGUACCAUCAGCUUUAAAAAUUAUACAAAUGAAAGUCCUUGAGCUAUGAACAUUCUAGCAAAACAAGAAUCAAAUUUCUUAAAACAUACAUGGCACUGCAUUUUCUACCAAACGUUUUGCAGUGAUAAAUUCUCUUCCAACUGAAAUUUCAGGGGGAAAAAAGUUGAAUUGUUUGUUUUAGAUGACCCUGAAAACCUCCCACAUUCAAACACAGAAUCUGAUGAGUUAGAGGAAUGAGUAAUGAGAAUUAAUUUCUACGUGGA